GCCUGUUUGCUUACGCUUCGCUUGCUGCAGAACGUGCCCUUUACCUAUUUUGAUAGGUGAAUUAGCUCCGGUCCUACCCUAUUCUCAUGUAGACACAGAAUUCUGUGACUCGAUGUAUUAGGCUGUGUUAAUUCCCGAGUACUUUCCGUUCUGCAAUCUUCACAGUGGUAUCCCGGAGAAACACGCGCCGCAGCUGGAGUGGCAGCCGGUGAGCCAGCGAAGAUUUCCUUUUGAAGACUGUUGCUCAAUGGAUAAAAAGCACGUGGGCACAGGGAAAUACCGAUAUCACGAGAAAGGCCACAGCAUUUUUUCCCGCCUCUCCUCCCCGCCUUCUCCCUCUUUUCCCUCUGGUUUUCUUGCAUUCCCAUGCAAUCGACUCGCCAACUUUGCGACCCCUAAGGGUGCCCGUUUUCCGACAGCAUUCUGGUAUUUCUUUUUACUUCUGUUCCCUCGCUCGUGGAGACUAUAAAUCGGGUUCACACCCGGUGGAGCAGAGCGUUUGCUGUGGAGCCGCCCUAGCGAUUCCAAGGUAUGCUUCAGAAAAAUCCGACCCUACGAUGCUACGGACUGAGAAGCCCACAGCAAGUGUGCAGGUGGCCUUGAAAAGGCGUGGCGGAGGCAUUUGUACAGUUUGUAUCCGAAUGGUGGUCUUUUUGGUGGUUUUAUAAAUACUCUCUGGAUAUCACUACACUCAGUGCACUUUACACGAUGGUCCACGUGACGCUGCCUCGCAAAAACCAACCACCUGCACAGUCCCUACCGUAGCUCAACAGUAGGCGUGCUUCUGUGACGGAUUUUUCCGUUCGUCAAUUUCGCCCUGUCACCACCAUGAAUGUCCUUGGUGACCGUUCUUCUGCCGACCCACCGGUUCCAUCUCCUGAGCCUUCUUGUGAAGCGUCGUUUCCUCAUGACUCUGCGGUGUUUCCCCACGUUCCUGGGCUUGGCACAUACGCCUCUCAUAACGGCGACCAAGAUGCGUCCUUGCUUAGUGUCGCUGACACGCCCGAAAAUCAUCUGGAGUCUUGUACCGGCGUGACUUCUCCGGCGCCAUCUGCAGACAAGACUAAUCGCAGGAAACAGGCGUGCUCAAAUGCAUGCACCAGGCUCCAGGGUAGCAUCGACCGCUCCUCUCUUCCCUCACCCACACAUGGUGACGCUCCGAGUCCGUUCUGUUCGUGGCUUGCGUCGCCUUCUGUCCAGUGUGGAAAAAAUUGUGGAAGGAUUCGCGGCCACUGCGUUCAUACCAACGCAGAGACGUUGCCGAUUCUCGAUGGCCAGCCGGAGGAAAUCCGAGCCUUCCUGCGGCUGCUUUUCCCCUUUGCCUCCGCCCUGGUAUCUGCCCUGGUAGGCCAAAACAACGCCAGCGAAGGUGAGUUCUCUCCGUUCCCCUCGGUUGCAGUAAUUCAACUGUUCGGCAACGCGGUGUCAGGGCCUGCCGGGGGUUCGGCUAGCACAGAAGGAAAGCGAUCUUCUUCUCGAGGGUUCGAAGCUCUGGCUCCGUCGGGAGACAAUCCCGUCCUCCGGGCGUCGUCCUUGAUGAGUGAGCUCCACCAAAGGUUCGUACAUCUCGUGGCGGAUUCUUCGUUCCCUCGAUCGUCUCCGAUGUCAGGACACACCUGUGGAGCAGAAGAUGAAGCAGCCGCUCCCCGAGAUUUCCACGCGAAUCGGGACCACGGAGACUACAGCCACUGCAUCUUCCAUCAUCCGACAGAGCACAUGCGGUUCCUGAGGGAAACAGAAUUUCUGUGUCGAGAGGUGCAGGAGCGGGAGUUCCAACUCGGGUCGCAGACUUCUGGAGAAUCUAGUGACGAAUCCGGGACCGACAGUUUAUCCGAGUGCGGAGAAGCAGAAGGGCCUGCGCCAAAAGUACAGUCCUACAAUCUGCCUGGCUAUUCCCCCGGCGAGGUGUCGGUACAUCCGAGUGGUUCUGGAACCUUCGUAGACGAAAACGAUUUGGAGUCGAAGAAGGAAGGUGGUGGACACAGAGCGCGAGCGGGCAGCCCCAGGGAGUUUCACAGUUCACUUGCGUGUGACACCGUCCCGAGGAAAGCAAAGUCGCCCAAGGCAUUUCGCUCAACAGUCCAACGGCUUCUGCUCAGGCAGUGGCGAAGAAAACGGCGGGAGCGACAAGUGCUCGGUCGCCUCGCUCGCGCAGUUUCCCUCUGCUGCGCGUUGCGAAGUAGCCCCACGGCUUUCUCUGCUUUUCUCCUCCUGAUUCUGGCGUCCCCAGCCGACUAUCAGGACACGUUUUUCCAGGCCCUGGCUUCCUGGUGGAGACUUUGUGACCAGGCACAGUCCGUUGGCGUUGCAGCUGAUGCGUUGGAGUCUGCUGCAGCUUCUUUCGCGACGGUUUCCGCGAUGCCGGGAAGCCCCGAUGAGGCAAGGGAUUUGCUGACUCAGGUCGCUUCCGCCAGCUGUGGUGGGCUGUCAAACACAGGCGACGAGGAGCAUGCUGAAGGCGGACCUGCAGCCAGGAUCGUCGGCGACGGAAGCCACGGACAGGAGCUUGAACAUGAGGAGUGGAGAGUGAAUCUGGACCCAUCUGUCGGCGAGGAAGACAGAGAGCGAGAGGCAGAUAAAGUGACGCAUGUGAGGUGCAGAUGCUGUCGGUUUACGACACUCAGUUGGGCAGAAUGUGUCGAGUAUGUCCGAGGCUUCCUCGGGAGCUUGAUCCCGUUUCUCCUGUGGAUCUACACGUCUCGCUGUCUCCUGCCUCCCCACAAACUCUGCGUGCUUCACAACUUCCUCGUGGGUUUCGAGGUCUCUUGUAUUUUGUCUCAGCCUCCGCAGCAGCAGGACGGCCGAGGGGAGACUGGCGCCGAUCCAAGCAGGUCAGAGGCUUCGUUGGAGGCAGUCGAGUCGGCACUUCGUUCCCCACUUUUCCUCUCCGACCCCCCAGACAACCUGUCCGGUCUCGAAGAUUUCCUUCUUCUUCUUGCGGCGGAGCCUUCCACUCUGGGUUCAAGAGGAGCCAGUUCGGCAAAAAAAGGGUCCUUCAUCGGAAGUCCAGUCUCCCCCCUCGCUUCCGGCCCCCCCCUGGUGUCCUUGGGUGCUGCUGUGGCCGCGCCGGCGCCGUAUGCCGUUCUCAAUAUUUCUUCCUCUCGAGGCUCCGACUUUGGACAGCUCCUUGUUUCGUCGUCGGCUGCUGUACCUACGGCAGCCAGUUCGACGAGGAGUUCCCUUCUGAAUGGAGCGCUGUUCCCAUGGACGACAGCUGACCCGACUCUAGACCUCGCCAGGGAUACCAACCUGGAAACGCAAGCCGGCUCAGCUGCCUACCGCACCGCUGCGGCAGUUUUCUCUGCCCAGCAGCAGGCGAGUGAAGACUUUGUUAAAAUCCUCACCGGUCGAUGGCAGCAGUCCCCGCAGUUCCAGCAGACGCCCACGAAGGCAGAUCUGGAUGUUCAGAGAAUGGUAGACGGACGCGGAAUUCGCGGGGAUUCGACAGGAGCGGCAGAAUCGAAAACAGAAGGAGACCACAACCCCGCAGAAGGGAACCGACUGUGCUUCUCACGUGACAUGCAGCCCCCUCGAACAAGCUACAGUUCUACACACACGAGUAACGGGAGGAACGCUGUGCCGGGCCCCGCCCUGUGCUGCCUCCGCACUGACAACGACCAGGAGGAGAAAGAGACGGGAGGUGCUUCCUGGGUGGAGGGGACGCUCGGGACCUUGGAAAUAACUGAGUUGGGGGGCGAAGAAGCAAGGAUAAUUGGUCUCGACCUCCCUCGCGACCCAGAACAGCGCCACGAGUCAAUGACUUCUCAGCGACCAGAUGACCGCGACAGCAACUUGGUUCUUUUCCGAGAGGCAGUUGGACCCCCGCUGUCACGCGUCAACACAGAGAGACAGCAGGAUCUUCUGGCGCGUUGCCUCGCCACCUUUUCCUUCUACUCCGAUAUAUGUGCCUCUGUCGAAGAACGGGUUGUCGAGGGAUUCUUUGUCGCAAGCGGUCACGGAGGCGCAGACGACGGGUCGUGUGAACUGCAAGGCCCUUCGAACGGAGGUUGUGGGCGCUCGAAGUUUGGUGCAAAGGGUCGGUCAAGCAGCGCCUAUGGCAGACGAACCGCUUCUGGCAGCGAGACGGCAGGAGAGAAACACGGUGUAGAUGGUGGCCUUCUGCGAGUAGCUGCAGCGGCGAGCCAGCGAGAAGAGGACAUUUUUCUGAGCGUUCAAGAACACGUAGACGUCGUGACUGCCGCAUUCCUCUCCUCCAUUUCCCAAUACGAUGCCUUCGAGGCGAUCAGCCUCCACCAUGCUCUCCCCCAGCCGAUUCUGCCUCUUCUCUACGAGAUGUGCGAACCGCCAGAAGGCGGCUCCUCGCCCGAUGAAGCGGUUUGCGGUAACCCGGACUUAGUCGCCACAGAGGCGGAAAGUCAGGGUGUUUGCUCUCUGUCAGGAUCUUCUGCUGGCUGCGCGUGCGGUGGGUGUCGCCAGGAUGCAGUCGAUGCGGCGCAGGAUUCUGGGAGAAAUGGGAAACAGUCCCAGUGUUCCGGAGAAUCGGAGGCAGCGAGGCUUCGGACCAGCCGCAUCAUUGAGGCAGCCCUCUUUGGAGGAGUCCCUCGGAAAUCUCUGUCCGCGGUAGUGAGCAACUUCCAGUCGUCGGCUAGGAACGGCCUGAAAAAGGACAGUCACCUGUCUGCUGACUCUCAGCCGGGGCAACCUUUCACCUGUCUGUCGACCCUGUGGACGAUGGACGAGGUGUUGCAGCAGACCGUCGACCCGUGGAGUACAGGACGUGUCAGAAUGCCAGUCAGCGAAUCUUUAAUGCUUCAGAUCGCGAGUACGCUGGGACGUCGUCUCUUCAGUAGGGAACAGAGGACGGCGGCGGCGAGCGUCAGUGCUGGCUGCAGCUUUGCUUGGAGGUCACGGGUAGGGGGGAAGGGGAUGCGAAGUGCGAAUUCCGCGAAAAGCGAGAAGGCGUGGGAUCCUCACGAUGAGCAUGAACUGGGAGAAUGUAGAGAAGAUAGAGCGUGGCAGGAUGUUGUGCGACCUGCGAUCCGAGAGCAGAGACUCGUAGUGAGGGAUCUUUUCCUCGGCCUCAAGACGAAAAGUAGGCUGUCGAGCGCCGUCGCAAGUGUAAGUACAGGCGCAAGUCUCGCAGUCGGCGUUGACGCUUGCGUGCAGCGAGAACCUGUCAGCGCUAUUAACGAAGGGGAGCAGUUCAACGGAGAGGCUCUCUCGAAGAGCGAAAUUCUACGGCUGCUGCUGCUCCACAAGACACACCACUUCUCAUGUGCGUGCCGCUCUGAAGGCGCAUGGAUCUGUCAACAACUGAGGAUUUUGAGCAGUCGUCACUACGCGGAAGUUUUUGGCUUUCUGGCAGGAGAUGCGUUUCUUGCAAACGAGGGGGAAAUGGAAGCAACUCAGUGGGAGAACGAAGACGCUCUGCCAUCCUGGGCAUGGGUGUCUAUCCGUGAACAGUUGGUGCGGAGGCACUUGAUCUGCGCGCUGCAACUCGCACAGCAUAGGUCAGAGGCAGAGAUGUGUUUUAGAAGUUACUGGAUUUUCUCGGCUCUUCGGAGUACCAUGGAAAAUACCUUAUGAAUGAAAAGGAGUCCUGCAAACAGGCGGGGCCGGUCGGCGGCAUCGUCGAAAAGGGUAGCGACGCACAGCGACUAGACUUGGAUCAGAGGGUUGUUUCACGUUUCUUUCUGUAGUCGUUUCACGUAGCUUUUUUAGUCCACAGUGCACCGUGGGCUGGAAAUAAGACAGGUACCGGAAUUUUUCGCGACUGGCGAAAGCAGGGAAGAGGCAAAUUCGCCUGUGCCAAAAACCGUGUUUUUCUAUUUUGUUGGAAUUUCAGUGGCUUUGCUUCUCAUCCUUGUCAAAAAGUAAACGGGAUAGUUAAGGAAGCGGCGCGCGCCAGGGCGCAAUAUCACCAUUGUUGCUUUCGAGUUCCAGUGUGCGGCCUGGAGCGAAUCAAGCACGCAGGUGUGCAGAAACACAACCAUUGUGUGUCAUUUCCGAGAUUAAAGAACAUACCUGUCUAAAGUGCGUUAGUCCGCGUCACUCUGGAUCUGAGCUAGCUAGAGAGGAAAAGCGUCGUCGUCUCGCCUUCGGUGAAGACUGUCUUCCUCAUCUACGCAGAGGCUGUUGUGUGGAAGUCGCCUACUGCUUCAUGAGGAAACCGGCAGUCGCGCUUGACAGGGUAGUGUUACAAGCAUAAAGCAUUUGCGUUUUGCUGCGUCAAUGUAGCUCUCCCGUAUGUACCGCUAUGGCAGCAUCUAUAUUCUCUGUCUGGUGGCUGUAGGAUGUAGUGAGCCUUGUCUGGCCGGUGUGAACUGAGAAAAGGAAGCACUAGGAACCGGAAUGCACGUAGGAGUCAUCAA